AUGGCCCUGGAAAAAAUUGAGAGACAGCUGCGUAAGAAAACUAUGGAAGAUUAUCCUAAGAAAAUCUUAAAGGAAGAAAAACGAAAACAGUUAAAGGAAGACCUGGCAAAAGAAAUAGAGCAAGGAAACAAUGCCUUCAUCAGGUAUGGUAAAAUUAUAAUUCUUAAGGACAAAAAAUUACCGCAGCAAAAUAACAAGAGAAAUUUAUCGGUAUCACCAGAAAACUCUGGAACACCCAACUCUCCAUUUACCAAUAACAUUACUCAUACGUCUAAAAGGAAUAGGACUGUUAAAGCAUUUAUGGCAACAACAAAAGUAAAGGAAAAUACGACAAAGAAGGUUAAGGAAACCAUGGUGUCUACGGAAUAG